AAAAGUUAUUUUAAUCACUGUGAUUCCCACUUCCCACAUCUAUGAUUCAAGAACCCUCGUUUAAGGAAAGCAAAGGCCACAGUCUUUGAACACACACCGCAUCACCGCCAUCUUAGUGUCUGCUUAAAGUUUUGGGACCAUGGAUGCUCUGUCCAGCUCUCAUAAAUAUCAAUGGCGGACACCGCUUCUCUUUGUCUUUCCAACUUCAUGUGUUUGAUCCCACUCACAGUAAUCAUGAGUACCACCUCCAUUUAAAUUCAUCCACCUCUUUCCUUUCAUUGUUUUCACCGUUUAUACAUACACAUACCCUUUUCAUUAUCAGCCAUGGUUGAUUUGAGGUGAAACCUUUUGGAUAAAGCGAAAUCGACCCUUCGAAGAGUGGCCCCAUAUCAUUUCAGAACCCCAUUUUUCUUUGAUUUAGCUAUCUGGGUUUUGGAAUCUCCUUCGCAAUUUGUGUUUGGGAGCUGGGUUUUGCUUGAGAAGGCUUCAACUGGGUGAAAUCGAAGUGGGUUGCUCUGAUUUUGUGCUAUGGUUGUGACUGAGAAGGGGAAGUUGUAAUGGAGGAGAGUGUGAUUGAAAAAAGCCAAAGCAUUGGCGACAUUGUGUCUGAAAAUGAGACGCUUGGCCAUUUGAUUGAAGAACAUGGGCGUGAGAGUAGCUCCAGCUCUGAUUUUCUUACAUCAGAAACCACAGGGCUCGAGGAGCAUAGUCAUAGUGGUUCUGAGGAUUCAUCUUCCCCUUCUUCAUUGAGUUGGUCUACUCGAAAAGUUGAGGUACCUGAUUGUAUUAGAACUAAUGGUGUUGUUAAUGGAGAUAAAAACCAUGUUGAUAAUAGGAAGCUGGAGAAGAAAGUAUCCUCAUCAUCAGAGAUUGAGAUGAUGAAGGAAAGAUUUUCAAAACUGUUGCUUGGAGAAGAUAUGUCAGGAUGUGGAAAUGGGGUUUGUACAGCAUUGGCUAUAUCUAAUGCCAUUACAAAUCUUUGUGCCACUUUGUUUGGGCAACUAUGGAGAUUAGAACCCCUUCCAUCAGAAAAGAAAGUUAUGUGGAGAAGGGAGAUGGAUUGGCUUCUUUGUGUUAGUGAUCACAUUGUCGAAUUGACGCCUACUUGGCAAACGUUUCCUGAUGGAAGCAAGCUUGAGGUUAUGACGUGCAGACCACGCUCAGAUCUCUAUGUAAAUCUUCCUGCUCUUCGAAAACUGGACAAUAUGCUUCUUGAAAUACUAGAUAGUUUUGAAGAUUGUGAGUUUUGGUAUGUUGAUCAAGGGAUACUGGCUCAUGAGACUGAUGGGUCUUCCUCUUUGAAAAGAGUGCUACAGCGUCAAGAAGAAAAAUGGUGGCUUCCUGUUCCUCGAGUUCCUCCUGGCGGUCUCCAUGAAGACUCAAGAAGGCAAUUGCAACACAAGCGGGAGAGUACAAACCAGAUACUAAAAGCUGCAAUGGCAAUUAACAGUACAACUCUGGCUGAUCUGGAAAUUCCUGAACCAUAUCUCGAAGCCUUACCGAAGAAUGGAAGAGCCUGUUUGGGAGAUCUUAUAUAUCGAUAUAUUUCCUCGGAUCACUUCUCUCCUGAAUGUUUGCUUGACUGCCUUGAAAUGUCUUCUGAACAUCAAGCUACAGAGAUUGCUAAUCGGGUUGAGGCUUCAAUCUAUGUUUGGCGGAAGAGAAUAAACUCAAAACCUGCCACUAACUCCACCAAACAAAGUUCAAAAUCAUCGUGGGAAAUGGUCAAGGAGCUGAUGGUCGACUCGGAGAAAAGGGAGUUGCUUGCAGAGAGAGCAGAGACUCUACUACUUUGCUUGAAGCAACGGUUUCCCGGUCUUCCACAGACAACCCUAGAUAUGAGCAAGAUUCAGUACAAUAAGGACGUUGGGAAAUCCAUCUUAGAGAGCUACUCUCGAGUUUUAGAGAGCCUAGCAUUCAAUGUCGUUGCACGUAUCGAUGAUUUGCUUUACGUGGAUGAUCUCACAAAGCAUUCCGAUCAUCAACUCUCAUCUAUAUCCAAACUUGGUGUGAUUUCUCACAAGAACAGCCCAUUGCAUUUCCCAGUGCCCGUCUCUGGCACUCCAUAUAAAACACCCUUUGCCACUCCAAGCUUUUCACCUGCACAAACAGCCAGCCCUGCAAAGGGAGAGAGGUCACCGUUCAUUCCCAGCACCAAGAUUCCCCAGCGUGGGUUUGGAGUAAAAAAGGUUUUGACCGACUAUCUUAGUGUGGAAGCAAGAGGAGGAAAAGAAUUCAGCAAUAAAAUUGAAAAAGCUGAGCCGACCACAAACUCGAAACUCGACAGGCAAGCCUCUCAGUACAGGGGAGGAUUAGCAAGCUCACCCAGACAAGGAUCGGUUGUGGAAGAGUGAAAUCCAAGGUUGGUUUGAGGAAGUUGAGAUUCAUGGGGUUUGUUUUUCCACUUGAAUUGUCACUUUUCUGCAUAUUUUUUUUUUGUAGGCAUAGGAUGUAUAUUUGAAAUUGGGGAAGGUUUAUCUUCAGAAUUGGGCUGUAUUUGUGUUGAUGAGGUGUGAUUGACUGUCAAUAUGAGGAAUCAAAUGCUUCAUCUCUUUCCUGACUUACCUAUGUUUUGACUGUGAAAGUAUAAAGAAAAUAAAUUUUCAUUUACAAA